UUGUUGAAAACGCAUGCGUAGUUUUAGGUUAACCCGGAAGUUUAUAUCCAGAAGCGUAAACAGUAAUCUCGUGUGUCUGUCACAAGCUGAUAUAAAAUGAUAUUUUCAUUCAACUUUAGUUUAUAAUGACCUCAUUGCUUUAAAGCAAAAAUAUAAAUUUAGUUUCUCGUGACUGCUUCAGGGAAAAUCGUCAUCAGUCUGUUUUGAAAGCUGAAGAUCAAGGUUAAGGUGAAUAAACUUGGAGACAGUGUGAAGAUGCCAGCUCGAAACACUGUCAACAGUGGAGUUAAAUACUCCAAACUGGCCAGUAAUGAUGAUGGAUACAUUGAUCUCCAGUUUAAGAAGAGCCCACCCAAAGUCCCCUACAAAGCCAUCGCCCUGGCAACAGGUCUCUUCCUCAUUGGCUCCAUACUGAUCAUUAUCGGAGCGCUACUGUUAGCAGGAUACUUUGAAGUUAAUGAUCAUCGUGACCGCACCAUUCCUGUCCUCAUUAUAGGAAUCCUCGUUUUCCUCCCUGGAUUUUACCACCUGCGAAUCGCCUACUACGCCUCCAAAGGUUACCGCGGUUAUUCCUACGAUGAUAUCCCUGACUUUGAUGACUGAGCACACGGGGACGUCCUGUCAGCCUGCUGAUGUGACAGAGAUUUGAGUCUUCUUUGCAUGCAGAGACACUGAUAUCUGCUGCGUGUUUGACACCACAGACUCAUUUUUAUUUACAUUUCAUGUACUGGGAAAGUGGCUUGCAUUCUUGAACUAGUAUAAUUAGUCAGGUGACGUGUUCAAACAUAUUUUUAGGGAUAUUUCACCCAAAAUGUUAGUUUCGGUCACCAUGUAUUUUUUAAUGACCUAACCCUUUAUUGCUGUGUUUUUUUCCAAUCGGAAGCGGAGAGUAAUUCUGUACUUAAUUACACGCAAGGAUUCCAUGUUUAAAUGUCAUGUCACUGGAUUUAACUUUUUUAAAUUGUUAUAAUUAUGUGAAUUAUUCCAAUGCAAUUAAUGAUCUAUGAAAUUAUUUUUAACCAAAGAGUGAUUGUAUUCAUGUUGGUUCAGUUUUAGAAAACUUAAGAAUUUAUAAGAUUGAGGUUUAUAAAUAACCCUGAAAGUAAAAUGACAUUUACAGGAAUGUUUCUGAACUUGUCAACAUGCGCCCACGUGUGGAUUUUAAGUGGAUAUGCACACAAAAUAAUCAACUCAGCAUUAAAAUAAUUUUGUUUGCAAAAGAUUAUUUUAAGACUAAAACACAAUUUGUUUUAGUGAGAGUACAUAUUUAUAGUUGAACUGAAUAGUAUGCUUGGUAUAUUUUUAUUAAGAAAUUUGAAAAGACUCAUUGCUGUGCUCAAUAGGGAGGAAAACUAAAUAAUAAAGAGCCACAAAUACAUUUUCCAAAAUCUGAAAUGAGUGCAAGUAUAAAAGAUGAUAAUAAUGAAAAUAAUAAAAAGAGUCUAAUGUUUUGGUGUUUUGGAGUAGUUAAUAACAUCUACAUUUAAAGAACCAACAGGAGUAUAAAAUGUAUUUUUAUUCAAAUAUCCAGGGCUUUUAUUUCAUACCAAAUGAUAGUUUAAUAUGAUAUAACAUGUUACUAUUAUAAUAGGGGUAAUAUGGUAAAAUAUAAUAACAUUAUAUACAGUAAAGACAAAUAUAAGUUUUAAGUAAUUGCAGAUUUUUUGUGCACCAAACACAAUUAUUUGAAAUGUGAAUCCAACCCGUCUGGCACCAACAAUCAUGCCACAGUGAAAUCAAAAUGUCCCCAUUCUGAUGGUUGAUGUGAACAUUAACUGAAACUCCUUAACCGUAUCUGCAUGAUUUUAUCCACUGCACUGCUGCCACACGAUUGGCUGAUUAGAUAAUCACAUGGAUGAUUGUUGGUGUCAGACGGGCUGGUUUGAGUAUUUCUGGGAAUUUCACACACAACAGUCUCUAGAAUUUACUCAGAAUGGUGCCAAAAACAAAAAACAUCCAGUGAGCGGCAGUUCUGUUGAUGGAAAUGUCUUGAUGAUGUUAUAAAAGGAUGUU